AUGCUUUAUGAUACUUUCGAUUCAUUGUUGAAGCAAUACGUGCAAGAUCAGGUUUCCAUAGGAUCCAACACCCAAGAAGGAGCAAUCUCUUCUCCGACAAAGUUCCAGAACUCCCCAUCAGAGCUGCAACAAUCACUGGAACCCCACCAGCCAACGAAGGCGUGGAUGGAAGAUUACUUACAGACUGAGCUGAACAGGUUCAAAAACUCUUUAGCAGUCGCUCAGGGGCCAGAUAAUAGCGAGAUCCAGAAACUGGUCGACAGCCUUGAGUUCGAGAAGAAGAAAACCCAACUUCUGGAAAAUAAAGUCGAAGAAGGCCGACAGCAACACCAAUUGUUGGAGGAGAAGCUCAGCCGGCUCGAGCAGAAGCUCGAUGGCGUCAGCACCACAACGGAAGAAAGGAUAGCCGCCAACAAAGGCCAGCCUGCUACCCCUACAACGUCUUCUGAGCAUAACCAGCUCAAGACAACAGUUGAAAUGCAGGGACGCACCAUAAACUUUAUCAGAAGUCAGUCUGAUCCGGCAAAGAUACAGAAGCUCCAGCAAGACACAGAAAACCUUGCAGACAGGCUUGCGAAAGGCAUUAAGGCUGUCAAGUCGCUCCAUGAGCAGAAUUCUGCUCUCAUUGAAAAGCAGGGAGAAAAGCAUAAAUCCUUAGAACACGACAUAUCAUCCUUACAAACUGCCUCUCGGAAUCAGGAUGUCAAGCAAAAAUCCCUAGGAAAGGACAUAACAUUGCUGCGAAGCACAUCUGAUAACCAGGGCGCAAAGCAAGCUUCUUUAGAAAAGGAAAUGCUGUCCUUGCAAAAAACCUCUGAAAGUCAAGAAGCAAAACAAAUGUCCUUUGAAAAAGAUAUUUCGCUUUUACAAUGCACAUGUCAAAGCCAGGGAGAACAGCAAAAGACCAUAGAUGGUGUCGUUUCUGGCAUAAAAUCAGCUGUAGAGAGUCUCUCACAAAAAGGGGAAUCUUUAGCUGAAGCUAUCACUUCUCUGCGAUCAUCCGUGGAACAAAUACAAGAGACCCAGGGGUCUCAGGAGGCGCGCCUGUCAACGCUUACCUCUCUAAAGUCUCUGACCAAGCAAGUUAAGGAACAGCAAAAGAAGACCAACAUUCUGCAGCAGAGCGUUGACACUCUACAGGCCAGUGCCGCCGACUGGUCAUUGCAAGACUUCCAAGACCUCAAGGCAAAAGUCCAGGGGUACCCGCCUGCAGGUGAAAUUCGACAGCUUCUUGCUGAAUUCCCCUCUCUUGUGGACACCAAGCGGCUGCUUGCCAAAUACCCGCCUCAUGGUGAUCUCGAGCGGUUACUUAAAGAAAUGCCCCCUCCUGGUGACAUAAAGCGUCUCCUGGGUGAAAGUCCAUCUCCUGCGGAUAUAAAACGCCGUCUUGAAGAACUACCACCGAGUGGGGAGCUUAACCAACUAGUUAGAGAUUUACCAAAGUUAAGGGAAUUCAUGUCGGAAGUCACUGCACGGUCUUCGAAACACUCUACGCCCACACCUACUCCUGCAUUCAUGACGAAGGACAUGACGUUGCAACUGAUCACUCCCAAGAUGGAUAGACUGGAAGAUGCAUUAAAACGUCGUUGUAUGGAGAUGAUCCAGAUAUCCUCUGGGUUAGUUGCCGAGACUGUUGACCAGGCAAAUGCCCGUACAUUGAAGUCAGAGGAAGCUAUCCAGGCACUUGAUGGACGUGUUACAGGUUUGAAACGAAGCGUGGAUGAGAACAAGAAGGAAUUCGAUGCGCAUGUCACAACGUCGAGGCGAAAUACGGAUGAAACAAAGAAGUUGGGCCAGCAAAUCAAAGAGUUGGAGCGGUCCGUCGGCGAAAACAAAAUAGAAAUGUAUGAGGUGGAAAACGACACAGCAAAACGCCUUGAGGAAGAGAGCACUGAACUUAAGUCAUUGAAGGGUAUGGUUGCUGUGAUGACCCAGGAUGUUGAAAAAGUGCGCAAGGACUCGAGGACUGGGAUCGAUGAUAUCCAGUUCCAGCUGGUCCAGAUGACAGACUGGGCGAAGAACUUCAGCUCCAAGCAAUGGCAUGACAGUGUCGCUCAACAAAUCGCUGCUUACGUGCCAGCUCAGUUUGCGGGACAAUUGGAUAGCCUGGCUACCAGGGUCAGCCAUCUUGAGACCCGAAGUCACGAUUCGCCAGAGGUCUCGAGCAAGAGACGCAAAGGAGCUAAUGGUAGCCCUCUGGUUGUUAACGGCCACCAUUGA